AUGGCAAUGGCACCAUCCGCCCUUUUACGGCGCAUACAAAUCCGCCGUCGCCCAGACGAUCAUGUAGCCCCUCAAAUGUACGAGAAGGAGACCGAACUCACACACAGUCCUCAGCUGCUGCUGCUACCUCCAGAAGAUAUGAAUUCCCAGAGAAAGUUUUCCUACGCUUCCGUCAAGGAAGAGCAAGGAGAAGGCGUUCCCCAGUCAUUCGAAUCCUCCCUAUCGACCCAAGACCUUGAGGAGGUUGAGUGGAUCGCGUGGCCAUGCAGUCACUGGUGCAGGACGAAAGGACUGUGUUCCUACCAUUUUGGGGGCACGCAUGAUGACUUCGUCCGGACGAGGCUCGAAGGCUAUGCUCGCAGCAAUCCGAGGAAGUUGGAGAAGAUCUUGGACGAACUGGACAAGAGAAGGGCAGCACAGAAGUUGUUCAAUCUUCCCGAUGCCAAGGAGAUUACUCAGUUCCAUCCAUGCCCGGCCAGUUUCAGUCUCGAGGUCUGGAGGGAAAAGGUCAGAGAUGCGGUUGGCACACGAGACUUUACCCUCGACAGCUUCGACGAAACGGCUAUCAUCGACGACGAUGAAACUCUAUCGCAAACUUCAAGCUCCAGACCUGCGUCAUAUCUCGAGUCUAUGCCAGUUGAGAUCCUGGAAAUGAUCUUGUCCCGAGUCACGGUUGACCACACGGCUGAUCCCUACGCACGACCACACGUCGAUCUCGCGUCCUGCUCACUGGUCUGCAGGAAGCUUUAUGCUGCCGCUGUGCGAGUCAUGUACAGACAUGUCUCUAUCCCGCAAUCCCGAGCCUUUUCCAAACUUAUGCGCAGCCUCAACAAUGACAAGUCCCUCGGCGAACUGGUUCACUGGCUUGACUUUUCCCAUUACUCGAAUAUGGGUUUCGGCAAGGCUCGCUCAGCACGUAACCAGACGCCGUUCCUCAAACCCGAAACCCUCCUAGCUUGUCUGGACAUGAUUCCGAAUCUUCAAGCAUUCCUCGUGCACGAGCAUGUCGAUGACGAACUCAACGCUGACAUCUUCCGCAAACUCUUUAGCAUGCCUCUUCUGCAGGCUCUCGAUCUCUGCGCUUGCUCGUCCCGUCCUUUCGCCGAUGCCUUCACCAGUGUUGUGACACAAGCAUCACUCCCCUCAGACCUGCCUAGCCUCAAACGACUGUCGUUGCACGAAUGCACGACCCUUCAAGAAGAAGUGUUUGAAGCCAUUCUUCCACGCCUUUCAAACCUUACACAUCUCGACGUGGCGCAUACACUCAUCAACGACACCGCACUCCUCUCGAUUCCCCCGACAGCCAAGAUUACCCACCUCAACAUCGAGCGCUGCACACACCUGACUGGUUCUGCCGUGGUAGAGUUUCUCACGACGCAUCCGGCCGUCAAAGACAGUAUUGUCUAUCUUAACCUCGCAGCAGAUGCUUCACGCCACAGGCUUCUAACCGCAAGCGAUCUGACGCUUCUCCUUCCUGCCUUGCCCUCGACGUUACGCUCCCUCAACAUCAACGGUGCAAGAAUCAAUUCAAGCCAUCUCUCGGCGCUAAGGACCCUGGCAUGCCACGUCGAAGAGCUCGGCAUCCGUGGAGCACAGUUAAGUCUGGCCAGCGAGAUCAAGCCUCUCCUCAAGCCGGCCCAUACAAUCCGAUACAUGGACCUGGCCGACAUCCAGUCUGUCACACAGAUGAGUCUCAACUACAGUCCCAGCAGUCUUACCGACACCGAUACACUACCCUUGGAGGUGAUCGAGCUGGGCCAAGACGUGCUCGGCGAAAUCAAGCGUAGAAACGCACAUGUCAAGAAACCCGACUGGGUCGUCAAAGAGCUCGGUCGACGUGGUUGGUUUGUCAGGCAGCGCGUGACUCCCAACGACGGCACAGAUGAACAAGGAAAAGCACAGUGCCAGGUGGAAGCUGACGACGGGUCCCGAUCAUGGAAGAUGGGAGCGCGCUGGUGGGGAUUGCGCAAGAUUCCCGUCGUCGAGCAGGAUGUCGGCGGUAUGUACGGGUAUUUCAUGUUCAAGAGAUCAUGA